CUUCCGUGUGCCGUCACAGACGUCUUCAUUCCAUUUGUGGGACUAGCUAGGACGCUCUGCGCGAAAACAGUCAGUGUGCACGACGCUCGCUUCAUCACAUCACUUCCCUAACUAGUUAUCGCACGGGACGUUGACAGCGGAGCUAUUCCGAUUGUUGCGCUGGUGUAUUUUUCGCAUUCUGUUUCCGUGCAAAGUUUGCGUCACUAGUGCGUCCGCAGCUCGUUUCUACAGUCAUUACAAAUCUGCUAAGAAGCAUAAAUAGUAGUGCCCCUCUGGGCCCUGGGCACUAUUUCGUGCUGCCUGGCACAGAGAAGGAAGCCCUGUGUUCCUGCCAGCGCAAUGACUGGUGACCAGGAGAAAUCGCAUGGCGGGAGUACAGUGGCUAUCCGCCAGGUGGCGUUGGUGCUUGUAGCGCUGGCAGCUGUCCAGCCCUGGGCACCAGCUAACACCUUCGUCGUGCAUCACCCACAGGACGACGGCGUGGACUGGAUAUCGAAGCUGGUGACGCCCUACAGGAAUACUACAGCACUUGAUCAGCUAUCUGGCCGGUGGUAUGUGGUGGAGGUGGUGUUCCCGAUGCCGAUGUGGGGCGCGGACACGUGCGUGUGGCUGGACUUCUGGCAGCACGAGAACGGCUCCACGCUGUUCCACGUCGAGUACUACAGGAGCAGCGCCAACAAGUCUGUGCGAUCCGCCGACGGAGUUCUCGACAGAGGCGUCUGGCACCAGCACGGAACCGGGGGCGGCGAGCUGGCAGUGUUGGACCUGGAGCACGACGUGAUGUCGCUGGCAGUCUGCCCGCGCAGCUACAUGUGCUUCGGCUACGUGCUCUCCAGGGACCUGCUGGCGUGCGACCGCCGCUCCGAGAUGUUGCAGGUGCACAGGCGGAUGAGGGAGGCUGGUCUGAAUCACACCCGCUGGGGAAUCCCAGUAGACCCAGAGGUCUGUAAUACGGGGAACAGGGUGCCCGACUAUGUACCACAGCGGCCUCCGGUCAAUGACUACGAAGCCUAAACGGGGUCCCAUGCCCUUGAAAGUUCUGCCUAUUUCCUAACGGUUGACGAACAUAGAUCCCACCGCCAGCAUCACGUGGAUCAUUCAACAGCAGCAUCUCAAUCCUCUCUCAUCGCUGAUAAGAAAUAUGUUACAAGAAUGUCGAUACUAUACAAACACCCCAACAGCUUCAUCAGCUUAUAUUGCAGCAUCCCUUAGAAAUAAAACAGAAAACCAAGUCUUAAAUUUGGUACGCCUAUAUGUAGGUAGCUUUUUCAGUGAAAGUAUCUGGGAUGGUAGUGACAUCUCCAUCAGUCCACCAUUGGGGGUAAAGCAUCGUGUAGAUUCCAAACACACGUUUGCAACUGAUUUAGCUGUUCCUUUUCAGACUUAAAUAUAGACCUAAUACCCAAAUUUACUGCUGUCGAACAAGAUACUGUCAGGGUACCGUCCACGUGAAACUUACAGGAGAAUUCAGUAACUGGUGGGAACAUUCGGAAGCAUUCUGUACACUCUUUGGGAGCAGGUGAAUUAAGGGAACGAUGCGUACAUUUGCAGGCUGAAGUGCUUCCUUGUAUCCAAAUUAGAAGCAGGUGGUCAUGAUAAACUAUGAUUAAGUGCCAGAAGAGUAACUCUAUCCUAAUGUCAAACAUUGAACCCUCCUACACGAACAUAAAUGAAAUAAGACUUUCUAGAGCGUAAUAUGAUCAGCUGUUUAAUUUUCUUCGUGGGACUUCCCAUUAUAUAAAGCUCGAGCGUCUUUCACGAAUAAAUAGCAAACAAUGUGAAACAUGGAGUACACUAUUGCUACCACUUUUUGUUUUACAUCAUCUUACACAGUUUACGAAGUUGAAAUACUGUGAUAUAUUUCUGAUGUACAGAUCCUAAAACAGUGUAAGAGACCAUCUUAACACAGCAAAAAUAUCAUCACUUGGUACUCAUACCCAUAUGAACAUCCAGUCAUUUAAUCAAAAUAUUGAGUAUUUCUUCAUUUCUUGCAGAAUCAUUUACGAAAUACCUUUCUCUGCCCCCGUUAACUUUUCUGUAGCAGUUUCCUACGUGAAUGACUCGCUGUACUGCCUUUAAACUUAAUGGACAACAGUAUUUAAUUCUGCAAAUAGAGCAACAGAACAAAACAAAGAUAUUUUUCUCAUAACUCUGCAGCUACUAUGGAUUCGUAUCUACCUCGUGCUAUUACCAAUUUUUGUGUUAACUAUUUCACUCAGUGUAGUAUGUAGUAUUUUAAAAAACAACAUACUGUUUUAUAUGUGCUUCAUCUAUGUUUUACGUGAUGUUUUGUAACCAUUUUAUGCUAUUUGCUAUCAGUGCAACUGAAAAAUCUGCUGUCAAACCUAGUGUUUAAUGUACUUUC